AUGCAGACCAUGCGCGUAAACUCAGGGCGGGCGCAGCUCGCCAGGCCUGCUGCGAUCACUGGCAGGCCAGGCCGCGCCGCCCGCGUCGUGGUGGCGCGCUCCCAGAAGAAGGAGAUCAUGAUGUGGGAGGCACUGCGCGAGGCGACGGACGAGGAGAUGGAGCGGGACCCCACCGUCUGCGUCAUGGGCGAGGACGUGGGUCACUACGGCGGCAGCUACAAGGUCACUUACGGGCUCUACAAGAAGUACGGGGACAUGCGCGUGCUGGACACCCCCAUCUGCGAGAACGGUUUCAUGGGCAUGGGCGUGGGCGCGGCCAUGACGGGGCUGCGCCCCAUUGUUGAGGGCAUGAACAUGGGCUUCCUGCUGCUGGCCUUCAACCAAAUCUCCAACAACUGCGGCAUGCUGCAUUACACAUCGGGCGGCCAGUUCAAGGUCCCCAUGGUCAUCCGCGGCCCCGGCGGUGUGGGCCGCCAGCUGGGUGCGGAGCACAGCCAGCGCCUGGAGUCCUACUUCCAGUCCAUCCCUGGGGUGCAGCUCGUGGCCGUGUCCACCGUCGCAAACGCAAAGGCCCUCCUCAAGUCGGUGCGUAUGACAGUCGCGCCGCCGGCAGCGGCGCUCUGGGUGGCGGCACCUCGCCCGCUUGGUUUGCCCACGGCCCUGCGGAAGGGGGAGGGAGGCGGCCGCACCGCCCGGGGCUUCUGA